GGUGCUCUAUAAAAGCCGAGGAAAAAAACAGGCGUUUGCAGAGCUCACAGGCUGGAUGUAAACAAAGCUGAGAAACGGCCUCAGAAGGGAUUACGGUCGAGUGAGCACCGCAGUUAUGUCACAGCCAGCCCCUGUGAAAAAGAAGCGUCCCCCAGUGAAGGAAGAAGACCUCAAAGGAGCCAGAGGAAACCUUUCCAAAAACCAGGAAAUUAAAUCCAAAACCUACCAAGUGAUGAAGCAGUGUGAACAAAUGGGCUCCGCAGCACCUUCCAUAUUCAGCCGGGAUCGGACAGGAGGUGAAACAGUCUUUGAGAAACCAAAAGAAGGGCCGGCCAAGAGCGUCUUUGGCUGACGGCGGAGCUGGAAGUGUCUCACCCAGAUGAUUGUCGUAAUGUUUUCCCAAAUCUCUGCCCCUUACACUAAUGUCACUGUAGACCUAAGUAGCUAGUUUCUACUGUAAGUCAUUAAGUAAAGAAUAGACUCAUGUCAAAGGGUACAACUUCCAUGUUGAUUUUUAUUAUGUGCUUGCUUUCUAUAUGUUGAAUGGUGUUUGCUGUAACGGUUUAAUAAAAAACAUUGUUGGACACAGCUUGGCACACCGUGGUGACUAAUUUCAGUUUAGGCUUAGAUUAAUUCUGUGGACGCUUCGGUGUUACAAGCUGUGAUCUAGUCUGUCAAACGCAAAGAAUAAACAUCCACAUGACACA